CCUGCUUCCCUGCCAUAGCCUCCGUGCUUUGAGGAGGCCCUAGUAAGUCAUUUCUGGGGGACGGAGGCAAAGGCCCAGGCCAGGGGUCCAGCGGGGAUUUUGGUGGGGUGGUUGGGCCUGCUCAGGGCCUGUCUCCGUCUGACCUGGGGCAUUUGUUCAGGACCAUGUUCUUGUCUUCGUCACUUCCUGUCCUUCUUCUGUGUAUGAUGACAGUGGCCAGCGCAGAUAAAGAAGCCUUGGGCGAGGCCCAGAGGACAUGCCCGGUGGUGACCUGUGCCCUCCCGGGCAGAGAUGGGCGAGAUGGACUCAAGGGAGAAAAGGGCGAACCAGGGCAAGGGCUCAGAGGGUUGCAGGGCCCUCCAGGGAAAGUGGGACCUCUGGGAAACACAGGGGCUCCCGGGCCUCCAGGACUAAAGGGCCACAAAGGAGACCGUGGAGACAGUUCAGUUGCUGAGACCAGGCUGGCUAGCCUAGAGAGGGAGAUAAGGAGCCUGAAAUCAGAACUGGGCCACAUCAAAAACUUGCAAACCUUCUCCUUGGGCAAAAAGACUGGAAAGAAGCUCUAUGUGAGCAAUGGCGAAAAGAUGUCUUUUUCCAAAGUGAAGGCUCUGUGUGCCGAGCUCCAGGCCACUGUGGCCACCCCUAAGAGUGCCGAGGAGAACAAAGCCAUCCAAGAUGUGGCCAAGGAAGAGGCCUUCCUGGGCAUCACGGACAAGGUGACCGAAGGCCAGUUCAUGUAUGUGACCGGAGGGAACCUGGUCUACAGCAAUUGGAGGAAGAAUGAGCCAAACAACCAUGGCUCAGGGGAGGACUGUGUGAUCCUCCUCCAGGAUGGGUUCUGGAAUGACAUCUCCUGCGAGUCCUCCUUCCUGGCCGUCUGUGAACUCCCAGCCUGAUGAGGCAGCUUCCUCAGCCCCCUCCCAGCCUUCCUGCUGUGCUCUCUGCUGCCCUGAAAGAGAAUUCAUGGCCCCCUUUCCCGGCCCUCCUGGUGUUGGCUCAUUCCUUCAGGGGGGUGGGAGGAAAAGUGUUUGUGGGGUGAGGAAGCGAGAAGAGGCUGACAGUGGUCCAGUUGGUAGCACAGAGCACUGCACCGGGUCCGAGGUGGCCAUUGAGAGGGCUGGGUGAAACCCCUUUGUCUUUAGUGAGUACACCAUGGCCCACCGGGGACCAGUGGGGACCCCAUCUGUGUCAGAGCAGUAGACUUCAGCCUCCAGGAGGUGCAGGUGCUUGCCCCUCUGGAUGCCAAACAUUUCUACCCUCUGUGCCUUCCCAUGGCUAACCAAGCCCUGUCGAUGACAAGGGUACUGCUCCUAGUUGUUCACGAGCCACACCACGGAACCUGGCACCACCAGACCAUGACACCCAGCAGUCUCCCAUGUAGGUCACAGGGGUUAGCCCCAGAAGUCCCCUUAUCCUGCCCAAGUGGCUGUGGCCUCCCUGUUACCACUAGGGUGAUCCCGAGGACAAAGGGCAGCCUUUCCCUCCUACAGACUUUUGGGUACUGGGUGGAUAUGGUGACGAAGGCCAGCAUCACGGGAGGCUGUGUCCCUCUCUCAAUCCCUCCAUGCUCAACAUCCCCUUCCUCCUGUGACAUCCUCAUCCCAGCCUCGGUUGACAGGUCCAUUAUGAUAGAGACAAGAGGUAAAACUCCCCAAAGGUGAGUUCACACCCUGUCAACUGAUGCAGCAUCACUCAAACUCUGGAUGUCACCCAGUCAAAUGAUGCAGCACCACCCAGUUAGCAGAUAAGACCCCCCCCCCCCCGAGCAGGGUUCUGUUGUUGCCACCUUGGCCAGCAACCCUGCUCAGGACCAGGGAUGGUUCCCUGC